AGCUGUGUGUGUGGAACCCAAGUUCUGGACUUGGAGCCAUUUUCUGGCCAGGGCUCUCCCAUCCCUUCUCCUCUGCUCCUGGAGAAGUCAGCAGUGCCCUGUGGCUCUGGGAGGCAUGUUCAGGAACGUGGCCGCCGUCUUUGUGAACCUGGUAUGGCCCCUCCAGGGAAAGAAUGCUGGAGCAUCACUCAACCGGUACUUGCACCAGACUUGUUCCAUGGCAAGACGGCUGCCGGCCCGAAGGCUGGACGGGAUCGACAAGAACCCCUGGGUGGAAUUUGUCAAACUGGCCAGCGAGUAUGAGGCCGUCAACUUGGGCCAGGGCUUUCCUGAUUUUGCACCCCCUGACUUUGCCAUCGAAGCCUUUCAGCGUGCCGUCAGCGGAGACUUCAUGCUCAACCAGUACACCAAGGCAUUUGGUUAUCCACCACUGAUGAGGAUCCUUGCAAGUUUCUUUGGGAAGCUGCUGGGGCAGGAGAUAGACCCGCUCUCGAAUGUGCUGGUUACUGUGGGUGCCUACGGGGCCCUGUUCACAGCCUUCCAGGCCCUGGUGGAUGAAGGAGAUGAGGUCAUCAUCAUUGAACCCUUUUUUGACUGUUAUGAGCCGAUGAUAUUGAUGGCAGGGGGUCGCCCUGUUUUUGUGACCCUGAAGCCGAGCCCCACCCAGGAUGGGGAAUUGAAUUCCAGCAGUGACUGGCGGUUGGACCCCAAUGAGCUGGCCAGCAAGUUCACAUCUCGCACCAAAGUCCUGGUCCUCAACACGCCCAACAACCCCCUGGGAAAGGUCUUCUCCAAGGCGGAGCUGGAGCUGGUGGCCAGGCUGUGCCAACAGCAUGACGUGUUGUGCAUCAGUGACGAGGUGUACCAGUGGCUGGUCUAUGAUGGGAGCCAGCACAUCAGCAUCGCCAGCCUCCCUGACAUGUGGGAACGGACCCUGACCAUUGGCAGUGCUGGCAAGACCUUUAGUGUUACCGGCUGGAAGGUGGGCUGGGUCCUGGGCCCAGAUAGUCUCAUGAAGCACCUGCGGACCGUGCACCAGAACUCUAUCUAUCACUGUCCCACGCAGGGCCAGGCUGCAGUAACGGAGAGUUUCAAGCGGGAGGAACUGCACUUCGGCCAACCCAGCAGCUACUUUGUGCAGCUCCCACAGGCCAUGCAGCGCAACCGUGACCACAUGGUGCGCAGCCUGCAGUCAGUGGGCCUGAGACCUGUGAUCCCCCAGGGCAGCUACUUCCUCAUCACAGACAUCUCAGACUUCAAGAGCAAGAUGCCCAACUUGCCUGGUGCUGCAGAUGAGCCCUAUGACAGACGCUUUGUCAAGUGGAUGAUCAAGAACAAGGGCUUAGUGGCCAUCCCGGUAUCCAUCUUCUACAGCAUGCCACACCAGAAAUACUUUGACCAUUAUAUCCGCUUCUGUUUUGUGAAGGAUGAAGCCACGCUCCAGGCGGUGGACAAGAAGCUGCAGGAGUGGAAGACUGAGCUCAGGCCCUGAAGUCACUCCGUUGGCCCUGCCCCAGCUGGUCCACGCAUGCUUUGCAGGGUCAUCUUUGUCUAGUUUUCAGCUAUAGAUGGUACUGGGAGACCCCUUCCCUGUGAAACAGAAUGUCCCCAGGGAACAGCCCCUCAUCUGGGUCUUGGGGGAGCCAGGAGUCCCCUUCUUACAGUGCCAAUACUUCUGUCUCUGAGGUGAGGGAGGCCUGAGGGCCUCCCUGUCCCUUCCUAAAUCAGGCUGUAAAUAGGGCUCCCUCUCUCCCUGGAUUCAGAGGGCAGAGUCCACAGUGCAUCAGACCUCGAGUCCCAGCCCUGUCCUCAGCCCUGCACUGGCCCCAGCUAGGGCUCAGGCAUCCCCUCUCCCCUUUCCUUAUCCAACCUUGAUCUUAGGACGUUGCCUUUAGACUCCUCAAAUCAGUACUCUUUGCCCACAAUAAAGUUUUAAGUUACUCAAA